GCGCUAACCUUCACCCACGUGGGCUAGGUGUGAAAGGGCUGUGGUGUCAAGAUGAAGAAAAGAAAGCGCAAGGAAGUAGAGGAGGGAGAAAUAAAUCAAGAAAGUGAAUCUAGAGGGAGCAGCAAGAAAGCUAAAAUUGGGGUGGACCCUCUGAAGAAGUUCCUGUCUCUCGUGGAACUGGUGACAGUGCUGCAGUCCCAGUCUGAUUCUGGUUCUGGAAUGGGACAGUCUCCCGGCCACAAGUUAGUGGGUGCCAUUCUCCGAGACCACAUGCGACCUCUGUACUCUGCGCUGAUGACCUCUUGCCCUAUGAGACUGGUGGGUGCCUGUCUGCGUCUGCUAACGGCCAUGGUAAUGCAGGGGCACACCGCUGCCAGGGACGUUCAGCAAACCUUCAACUUUGCCUACAAACCUCUCCUUGUCUUCCCGAACAGAACUAACAGAAUAAAGGGGACGUCUGACUCUGUUCGUACCUGCUUCGUUAAGUUUGCUCUCUCGUUUCUCAUUGCCGGCGACAAUGAUGUCAUAAGAAAUAUCCUCCAGCUGAAGAUUCCUGUCGUCAGUGUUCAAACUGCUCCCAGAGGAUCCAGUGGAAUGGUUCAUCUCUUCCUCUCCACUCUCAGAGAAAAGGUGUUGAGGAAUAGUCGAGUUAGCAAGAGAGCCAAGUCUGCUCUCUUCAACCACUAUGCCCUGAAGCAGUUGUCGUGCCUGCUGAGUCUCACUGGGCCGGGCGGGGAGACGAUGGGGGCGGGGGGGCCGGGGAAGAGGGAGAGGAGGGGGGAGGAGCUGGAGAUGGUGUCAGAGGGUAGCGGGGAGGUGGUGGUUAUCUCACUCCGCGACUAUGUACUGGAGGUCCUGACUGAGCUCUGCACCAGUUUCCAACUUGGAGUCUGCUAUAGGACCAAGACCGAUAGUCUGCUGGCUGGGAGGACCAACAAUUCGGCCAUUCUCCAGCUCCUCCUCUCCUUCACCGGGUCUCUCUGUGAGCCUGGAGUUCAGAGUCUCGUCUCCGAAGCCAUCGCCACGUGUCCCGACCUCCUCACUCCGUACCUGGGGGCUGUCGGAGUUAGCUUCGAACCCAGACCUAACUCCAAGUGGAUUGACAAUGUUGAUUUCCUGAAUAGAUUAGUGUGUGGCCUGCCGCCAGUUCCCGAGACUCUGGGUAUAAUUGGUGGGUGUGGUCAUGAGGUCCCCACAUCUCUGGUACCAGCAGCAGUGUCUCUGACUGUCCCCGCGGCCAUCUCGCGAUCCUUCCUCAACCAGGGAAUUCAGAUACUUGCUACCCAUGUGAGUGGUGUUUUGGAUCUAGAACCCAGUCCACUGGUGAGGCUAAAGACACUGGAUCUGAUUCGUGGUAUCCUGAAGAGAGCUGUAGCAACGGCAGCAUCUCUGAGUGCUCUUGGACCUUCCAUACCUCCUGGCCUCGGCUCUGGCACGGGGGCCACCUGUGGUGAAAUGAGUCCGUCUGCCAGCAUUGGUCCGACUGUAACCACGACGUACUCCGACUCCGUCCUGAAGCUACUGCCGGAGCUGAAGACCCUAGUGAACCUGCGACAGACCCUCUGCCAGGGAAUGGCGUGUGGGGUUAGCGCUGCGUCCUCUCUGGAGCAAGCCAAGGCCAGCGACUCUUUCUCCCCGCAGCAUAGACUAGACAAUGCUGGUCUCCUGGAGGACCCCAGUGGCCUCCUCACUGGCUGUCUGGAGGUAAUGAGAGGCUACCAGACCCUCUCUCCCUCCCAAUUCCUGCAGGCAGACUUUAACCCUGUCAGACUCCUGCCUUCCCUCGCCCACCUGGCCACUGACAGAGCCACCCCUGUACCUCCGUCUGUACUCACUGCCACUCUGAGACUACUGGAGGAGAUCCCUAGUGAUUUAUUCAAGUGGCAACAACAGAAGAGUGGUGUUCUGUCGUCUCUGCUGUGGCUGGUGGUCUGUGAUGGUAGAGACAUACACGACGUGGCUCUCAGACUCACUCUGAAACUGUUGCUGUCAGUGGAGUGUUUCUCGCAGUUGGAGGUGGAGUUAGGGCUGGUCCUAACUGCCGCCAGGAGAUUCACCGACCUGUGUCUGCCAGAGAGA